AUGGACUCGUCUCCUCUCGUCAAGGCGCGCGAUCACGCCCGCGCAGCCGCCGUCGCGACCCGCCAGCAGGCGUCGGACUCGACGGUUGCCAUCAGCGAGCACACCUUGGCGGCCGGCGAGUUCGCCGUCGCCGGACGCAGCGCCACGAGCAUCGAGGUCCUGCGCACGCUGAAGCUCCUCGAGGACCACCACAGGAGGCUGGCCGAGAUCCUCAGGAUGCCCCACGAGCCGAGCGAGCCCACGGCCGACGACACGGCCGGCGAAAAGUCGCCUCGGUCGGAAAAGGAUCGUCCCGACGGCGAGGACGGAGGGCAGCAGACCAACAGGGAGCCCCCCGCCGCCCGACCGGCGCACGUGGCCGGCCACGCCCAACCACGACGGAUGCCGUCCCGUGAGCUGUCGUCGUCGAUAGCCAGCAAGCUAGCCUCGGCGAGAGGCGUCCGGUCCAAGUACCGGGGCCAGCCUCUCAGCCCCAGCGUCUCCAACGACCAGGCGCCCGGCAACGUCGACUCCCAUCCGCGUAGGGACGAGUCCCAAGCCAAGAUGCACAAGCUCAUGGACCACGGCACCGGCAGGCCGACGUGGGUACCGCCGUCCCUGCUGCUGCAAGAAUCCAGCGGCCGAGCCAAGGGUGGUCCGGCCUCGGAGGCCUUGCACGCGAAGGCGGCGAGCGACGACGACGGAGGCUACGGUCGAUUCUACAGCACCUUUGGCAGCCUCAUCAACAAGAUCUCCGCGCCGCUGGCGUUCGCGGGCCUGCCGCUCAUACAGGAGGAGGCCACGUCGUCGGAGCUGGCGCCCGAGCUGGCCCAGCUCCAGCCGUCGGCCGGAUCCCCGCCCUCGUCGAGGCGCAAGCUUCCCUCUUCGGUGCCCUCCGGCUCCGGCUCCCCCCAUCUCGAUCCGGACCUGUCCAGGAUUUUCUCAAAGGCCACGAUGCAGGCGCUCGCCCGGGACGGCCACGCCUCGAGCGACUCGUUCUACGUGGUGCCGACGAGCGGCCACACCAUGUCGUACGCCAACAUUCUCAUGUACGCGGAGAAGGAGAAGCGCCGGCACGAGGCGUCGGCCCACGGCGAGGCGGCGCCUCCGACCGAGGACGAUGACGACUUCGUCGACGCGCGCGAGACGCCGUUUCCGCUGUCGCCCGGGUCCCGGCGCAAGGUGGUGCGGAAGCAGGCGGAGCAGGAGCUGCGCAACACCGUCGAGGAGCUCAGUCUGGAGAACCAGUCGCUCAAGGGCAUGCUCGACAACGUGUCGAAGCGCCUCCACGCCUUCGAGGUGAGCUCUCAGCACUCGGCCAUGGCGCUGGCCGAGAGCCUCCGGACGAUGCAGCCCGGUUCGCCGAGCGUGCCGCCGGCGGGCAGGCCGUCGGACGUCGAGGAGCAGCUGGCGGCCGUCGUGAAGCAGAUGGAGCGGCUCGAGAGGGACAACCGAAAGAUGCAGAAGACGUUGGACAAGUACCGCGAGAAGUGGGACCUCCUCAAGGCCGGGGCCAAGGCGCGACGGGAGGCGCAGGCGAGCGACAGCGUCGAGGACGCGCGCCAGAGCUAG